GAUUGCCAGCUCUACCAAUAUAUUCGGAGAGUUUACUCUCAGACUAUCGGAAAGCUACCAGACAUUGCAAGAUAACUGCAAUUAUACUAUCGUUUUCCAGUUGCCAGAGUACCGUGCUAUUACGUUACCCGUGUUCGAUUCCGACAUCAAACAAAACCAUGAAACGUUUCUGGAGCCAUUAAUCUUCAUUCACAACCGAUUCAGCGGUGCUUAUUUGGCUACAGGACGGGUGCUUUUGGAGAACUCGGUGUAUGGUAGGAAUCUGAGCGGAACAACGGUAACAUUGCGGUCUGGUAUACGAAAUUAUGAUGGCCCGGUCGAAAGUAUGCAGAAAACACGGGAUGGGGGAAGCUGGAGUAAGAUCCGCCCGACAGGUUACUAUACGGCUACUGUUCAGCGAGAAAACUACCGCACAGAAUCGUUCACCGUGGUCGUAGUGGGCGGGAAUUUCGGCGGUCCGUAUUUCGUUGCGGAUUUCCAAAUGCUGCCGCAGGUUCCAAUGACAAAUGACGACAUUCGCGUAGUACUACGAGGCGGACGUUUCAAUGUACUGAUGCAGUGUUCUCCGUGCCUGCAGUUAGUGGUGACAGGGCCCACUGAAGGAGGCCAGGAGCUAGCACGGAUGGAACCUGCGCUAUCCAAGACCAACAACGACAGCCACAUUUUUAAUGAUUUCGCUGGCUUGAUUGUUCAGAGAACCGUGAUUAGGAAACAGCUGACCGGCAGCUAUGAAAUCAUGGUGUACGACUGGGAGACCCGCCAUAACCUGAAUAGUUCGGCCAUGAAGGAUUCCAACGCCGUGGUGCAGAUCUACCGCGGGAAUGAUUUAUGGGAGCAGUUCUACGUGCCGAAUCGCGAUGGCAAUACAUGGACCGUGGCCAGCAUCACUGGAUCAAAUGUCACGGUUAUCAACGAGGUGACAUCCAUGAUACACCCGACAGACUGGGAACCGGAACACAGUACGCUGGCUGAAUGUGCGCCUCUGAGCAGCGAAUGUGAGAACACACUGGGAUGCUGCGGCGACUUAACAUGUAGCAACGGAAUCUGUGCUGGCACACCCACGCAAGCUGGCCUGGAAGAGGCGCCAAACGCAUUAGACAUGAGGACGCGAAUUUUAGCCAUCUGCUCCGAUAGCUGCGAGGACAAACUGGACCAACCGGAUUAUUACGAAUGCUGUCGCAUUUUUAUGAAAACGAAGACUCGCUUGCAAAGAAUUUGAUGCCGAAACUUAAAUUUUGCAAGCUGUUGAUACGAAGAAAAUCACGGCAGAAACGAAACAUUAUAUACAUAGUCCUUAAGCACAGCAUCACUAAUAAAUAAUUCGUAGCACCUUGUAUGCAUCUUACCUGUCCACGGUGCACCACUGCACACAGGCCAUAGCGACGUAUCCGUUCUUCGAAUUUUUUGGACAAAUGCUAAGCUUUCAUCAGCUGCUGCGAUAUUUCUAUGCAAGUAAACA